CUUCUGCUCUUCCUGGUCCUGCUCCUGCUGCUCGAGGACGCUGGAGCCCAGCAAGGUGAUGGAUGUGGACACACUGUACUAGGCCCUGAAAGUGGAACCCUUAUGUCUAUAAACUACCCACAGACCUAUCCCAACAGCACCGUUUGUGAAUGGGAGAUUCGUGUAAAGAUGGGAGAAAGAUUGCGCAUCAAAUUUGGUGACUUUGACAUUGAAGAUUCUGAUUCUUGUCAUUUAAAUUACUUGAGAAUUUAUAAUGGAAUUGGACUUAGCAGAACUGAAAUAGGCAAAUACUGUGGUCUGGGAUUGCAGAUGAACCAUUCAAUUGAAUCAAAAAGCAAUGAAAUUACAGUGCUGUUCAUGAGUGGAAUCCAUGUUUCUGGACGAGGAUUUUUGGCUUCAUACUCAGUUAUAGAAAAACAAGAUCUAAUUACUUGUUUAGACACUGCAUCCAGCUUUUUGGAACCUGAGUUCAGUAAGUACUGCCCAGCUGGUUGUCUGCUUCCUUUUGCUGAGAUAUCUGGAACAGUCCCUCAUGGAUAUAGAGAUUCCUCGCCAUUGUGCAUGGCUGGUGUGCAUGCAGGAGUGGUGUCAAACACCCUCGGUGGCCAGAUCAGUGUUGUAAUUAGUAAAGGUAUCCCGUACUAUGAAAGUUCUUUGGCUAACAACGUCACGUCUGUGGUGGGACACUUAUCUACAAGUCUUUUCACAUUCAAGACGAGUGGUUGUUAUGGAACUCUGGGCAUGGAGUCUGGUGUGAUUGCCGAUCCUCAGAUAACAGCUUCGUCUGUGCUGGAGUGGACGGACCACACAGGGCAGGAGAACAGCUGGAGACCCGAAAAGGCCAGGCUGAAGAAACCGGGGCCUCCCUGGGCUGCUUUUGCCACUGAUGAGUAUCAAUGGUUACAAAUAGAUCUCAACAAGGAAAAGAAGAUAACAGGCAUUGUGACCAUUGGCUCCACCAUGGUGGAGCAUAACUACUAUGUGUCAGCCUACCGAAUUUUAUACAGUGAUGAUGGGCAGAGGUGGACUGUGUACAGAGAGCCUGGUGUGGAGCAGGAUAAGAUAUUUCAAGGAAACAAAGAUUAUCACCAGGAUGUGCGUAAUAACUUUUUGCCACCAAUUAUUGCACGUUUUAUUAGAGUGAAUCCUACCCAAUGGCAGCAGAAAAUUGCCAUGAAAGUGGAGCUGCUGGGAUGCCAGUUUAUUCUUAAAGGUCGUCCUCCAAAACUUACUCAACCUCCAUCUCCUCGGAACAGCAAUGACCUCAAAAACACUACAGCCCCUCCAAAAAUAGCCAAAGGUCGUGGCCCCAAAUUCACUCAACCACUACAACCUCGAAGUCGCAAUGAAUUUCCUGUACAGACAGAACAAACAACUGCCACUCCUGAUAUAAAAAACACUACCGUAACUCCAGAUGUCACCAAAGAUGUAGCCUUGGCCGCAGUGCUUGUCCCUGUGCUGGUCAUGGUCCUCACCACUCUCAUUCUCAUAUUAGUGUGUACUUGGCAUUGGAGAAACAGAAAGAAAAAAACUGAAGGCACCUAUGAUUUACCUUACUGGGACCGGGCAGGUUGGUGGAAAGGAAUGAAGCAGUUUCUCCCGGCCAAAUCCGUGGAACACGAGGAAACCCCCGUUCGCUACAGCAGCAGUGAAGUCAAUCACCUGAGUGCGAGAGAGGUCACCACAAUGCUGCAGACCGACUCUGCAGAGUAUGCCCAGCCGCUUGUGGGAGGAAUUGUUGGCACACUUCAUCAGAGGUCGACCUUCAAACCAGAAGAAGGAAAAGAAACAGGCUAUGCUGACCUAGAUCCUUACAACUCCCCGAUGCAAGAAGUGUAUCACGCCUACGCCGAACCACUCCCAAUUACAGGGCCUGAGUAUGCAACCCCCAUUGUCAUGGAUAUCUCGGGGCACACCCCAGCUUCAGUUGGUCUACCCUCAACGUCCACUUUCAAAGCUACAGGGAACCAGCCUCCUCCUUUAGUGGGAACAUACAACACUCUUCUCGCCAGGACUGACAGCUGCUCCUCAGCCCGGGCCCAGUAUGAUACCCCAAAAGGUGGGAAGCCAGGUCCAAGUGCCCCAGAGGAAUUGGUGUACCAGGUGCCACAGAGCACACAGGAGGUGUCAGGAACAGGGAGGGAUGGCGACAGUGAUGUUUUAAAAGAAAUCCUUUGAAGGUGAUGCUGCUUUUUACAAAGCAUCGUUUUAAAGCACAUGGCCUUUUUUUUUUUCUAUUAGUGGUAGUAAUAUAUAGAAUGUAUUACAUAUCUGUCACGGAUGUAGUGGGGGAAGUGUGAUGACCGAGGUACAGGAAACUACUAAUCUUGCCAUCUUGCUUUAGAAGUGUUGUUGUAGCAGUUACUGCUUGCCUGUUAAAUUUCGAACAUCCUGUUUGUUACUACUGUAAAACACUAUUUUUUAAUACAGAAAAAGCUCCCUACUAUGCACUUCAAAGAAAUUAAAAAUCACUGAAAGUAUUUAUUACCAAUGCUGCAGGUACAUUUGAUGAACUCAAUAAGGCUUUGUAAGCCUGACUGGCAAUAAUGCAUGGUACUGUUCUUGAAAUGUCUAAUGGCUUGAAAUUCUGCUUUGUGUGAAGGUGGGUACUAUCAUGAUUUCCUCCUCUUCUAUUCCUGUAUUCCUUUCUGGGUUUAAAAAAAUAAUAAUUAGUGAUACAUAAUCAUUGUUUUGAUUGCAGUCAUACACACGUAUCCAUUUUUCCUUAAGAAGAGCACAGGUGAGAAACUCCGAUUUAAUGAGCAGGGUGAUAGUCACUUUUUGACACUCAGGUGCUUUGACACCCACGG